AUGCUUCAGUUUCUGAUUUUAUGGACAGCCGAAUCUGACAAGGAUGGCGGUAUUCAAGACCACACGCCUCAUCGUCUUUCGAUAAUCGAGGAGGCCUCGCAGGAGUCUCCGCAGGCUUCUCGGAACGACGCGCCGAAGUACGAUGAAGAUGGGUUUCUCGAAGAUCAACAGGUCCAAAACCACGAGCUCACAGAGUAUGAGCAAACAGCCUCUAAUGUCGGUCCUCAUGGAACCCGGCAAGGGGCUACUACGAACGGCACGGCGAACACGGUUCUGUACGGCAAUUGGGAGCAGGACAACAACCUGCAGGACCUCGACCGUGCUUCAACCCCAGAGACUGUGAUUCGCUUCGGUUACCAAGGAUUCUAUGCCGAAUAUGACACCACCGACUCAGGGUCGUACUCGCGCUCAAUUCACGAAGUUGCGAAAAGUCAAGAGGACAGCACCAAGGACAGCACCAAGAGCAAUGUCUUCACGACAACCAAAGAUUGGUCCAUUUUCCAGAGCAAUCUCGUCGACUAUGGUCCGGAUGAUCCCAGUCCCAGGCUGCCCGGCUGCUCGGCUGGUCACCCGUACUCGAAGACGUGGAAGAUGUCGGAUUCGAUGAUGAUGGCAUACGGCGCGAUGCGCGGCUCCCUCAUGCAGACAAACGAUACCCUUCGAUCUUGGAUGGAGGUUAAGGCGUACGAGGCUGCUAUACGGGCGCAGCAGGAUGAGAAAGCCGUCACUGGCCUGCCUGGCCACUCUGUAGAGCAGCGGCCUCACUCGUCAUCAGCAAAGAAGGGCAAUGCCAUAGACCUUGGUGUUCAUAGACGCAGCCAGUCUCAACUGACCACCAAGGCACAGUCUUCCCUUGCCAAUGAACCCAAAACGGCUCCUGGCCCCCAUGUCGACGGGAGAGGGGAGGUGGAGGAUCUCACCAAGAUGCUCAAGGAAGUUAAUAUGGCCGCAAAGGAGUACGCUCCCGCUGCCGUGGACAGGAAGACAGCCUACAAUGUCCCUCGCCCCAGAUUCCUCCACAUCUCGCCUAAGUUCGAGGGCUUCAAGUUCAAAGAUUACCUGCCGCCCAAUGACGAGGCCACCGAGUCCAUCUACAAGCAGCCUUUCGACCCGAACCGCGAUUUCGCAAAGGAAUACGAUGUCUCGGACGACGAAGGCGAUCCUGCGUCCGGACGAAUUUCCCCUUGCACCUUCCGCCUCUUGGCCGAGGGUUGUGCCAAGAAGGACCCGAAGGCGAACCAGGUGUACAUGGCCGAUGACGCUGUACGCAUGCGUCCGCCGUCCCCCUUGGAGGACAGCCAGGGACACGUCGAGGUCGACCGUCUCGCCGUCACAUUUGAGCUCCAGCGAGAUAUAAACGAUGGCGGCUGGAUCACGCCCUGCUACUCCGUUGAGACGGAGCCCUCUAUUAUCUACUGUCCUCCUGGCGUCAAUCUGAAGCGUAAGAUGCGCAACUGGUGGUUCGGUCUGUUUGAUCGCAUGGACCCCAUAGCCGCACGCCACUUUCGCAAGAUUGAGUUCCGCGAGGCUAACGAUUCCAUCGCGCCCCUCGAGACGGUCACCGAGCACUCAGUCCCGUCCACCACAUCGAGCGAGCGCAGACACGCCUACACCGACGUGGAGGUCCUCGAGGCCCUUCACGCCCCCGGCUCGCGCCGUGUCGCCGGCGUUGCCCCGCAGAACGCCCAGCUCAUCAUCUCGCAGCGCUGGCAGACGGUGACGCGCUGGAAGGCGCAGAACGCGGAGCUAGCCCGCGAGAAUGACGGGAUGCGCGGCGCCAUCGAGCGCGCCAAGAUGGAGCUGCGCGAGAUUCGCCUGACGGUCGACCACCUGCUGCAAAAGAAGGCGGCGGAGGAGCUCGCGAUGCGCCAGCGCAAGCACAACCGUGUGCUGCGCCAGGUGUCGGCGCACCUACACGAGCUGCGGUACGAGAUCCAGAGCAAGUUCGACGCGCUCAAGAGCGCGCAGGCGCAGAACCAGACCAUGAAGGCGGAGCUGGCCGUCCUGCAGGCCCAGAUCCAGGAAGAGUGCUCGAGGGCCGACAUGGCCAGCCCCGACGAGGUGCGGAGGGCCGUCUCUCAACACUUCCGGGACAAGAUAGCUGCUAUGGAGCUUGCUGACUGCUUCUGA